AUGAGUCUAGAAACUGAUUUGAAAGGGAUUAAAUGUGAGUUCUGUGUUGAGACAGAGUAUAAAUACAUAUGCCCUCGUUGCAGCAGGAGAUAUUGCUCUUUGGAGUGUUUUAAAAGUGUAAUUCAUCAAUCAUGCUCAGAAGGGUUUUAUGAACGACAAGUUAAAGAGUCGUUACCUCAAACGAGUAAUGAUGAGGAUAAAUUAAAGUUGAUUGGGAUACUGGAUAAGUAUGGUGGUGAGGGGAGUGAUUGGAAAUAUGAGGCACCUUUGGAUUAUAAUAAAGUGGAACAAGGAUUACAAUUAGAGAGGAAAGAUUUAGAUGAUAAAGAUCGAGAAUUGACAAUUGAAGAAGAAGUUGAGUUGAAACAAUUGAUUGAGAAUGCCACGCCUGAACAAUUGUUGAAACUGAUGACCCCUGAUGAGCGUCAAAGGUUUGAAGAAUUGAUAAACUCGGGGAAAUACGAAAUAAUUGAUGAAUAA